UCUGAUUAAUAUCAAAUUUGAUCGGAUCAAUCAAUUCCAGGAACAAUUCAUCCAUGGAGUUUGAUCAAUUGGCUGAAAUUUACCCAGAUUCCAUCGAAAACUCAACUUUCAAUAUCUUCUCAUAUGAUUAUGAUCUUGAAGCAUCCUUGAGCACCUUUGAUCUUUAUGAUCUCAUUCCAACGGCAUUAGUUUAUGGGAUUACGCUGAUUACCGGUCUUAUCGGUAAUGGACUAAUUAUAUACACAGUCAGUCAUUUCAGGCGAAUGCGAACACUUUCAAAUGUUUUCCUCGCUUCUCUGGCUUCAGCUGAUUUACUGCUAAUCAUAGUCUGUGUACCUGUUAAGUUUGGUCAACUUUUCUCAUUUUCCUGGGAAAUUGGUCCGAUUCCAUGUAAAUUUGUUCAUUACAUGCAAAAUGUAUCAGCAAUAUGCUCUGUUUACACACUUACAGCAAUGAGCAUUGAAAGAUAUUAUGCGAUUCUGCAUCCAGUGAAGAGCCGUUACAUGUGCACAAUGUCACACACUCGGAUGAUCAUUGUAUUAACUUGGAUCUUCUCAUUGAUAUCAGCUUCACCCAUCAUUCAUUUGCAGGUUCAUAUUGAGGUUGGUGAAAGGUAUAAAGCUUUCUGGUGUUACAAGGAUCCAAGUCAACCAAUUAUCUGGAAACUUUAUGAAUGUUACAUGUUAACCUUAAUCCUGGUUAUACCUUGCAUUGUAAUGGGCUUCACUUACUCCUGUAUCUGUAAAAAGCUAUGGAUUGUGGUCCAGAAAAGAGCAACAAUGUUUGGCCAUGAUAAUGGGAAUAUCGAGCUGAAAAACUCCAAGCCGAUGUCAGAUGACCGGAAAAUGUUACGCUCAGAAAAUUCAUUUUCAACAAAACAACAUUCCAUGAAGAAUAGUUCAAUCCAAGAAAUGUACUCCAAUAAAGCUGAUGAUGAUACUGCAGUUGUUAAGCAGGUCAUCAAAAUGCUCGUUGCUGUUGUAAUACUCUUUAUAUUAUGCUGGUCACCUAUCUUAAUAAUCAAUGUUUUGACUGCCUUUGGUAAACUUCAUCAACUAAACUAUGGUUUCCUUAAGCCACUCCGAACUGCAGCUCACCUAUUGUCUUACCUCAACUCAUGUAUAAAUCCAUUGGUCUAUGGAUUUAUGUCCAAAAAUUUUCGAGCUUCCUUCAAAGCAGCCCUUCAAAAAUGUUUGGCUUGUCGUUCAAAGGGAAACCAGCGAAGUAAUAGUCUAUCCUGUCGCAUUUCGACCACCGUUCUAACACCAGCACCAUCUAAUUUGCUGACUGAAGUCAACUAUUGAAAAUUUCAAUCGGAAUAUCGUUCAACCAUAAUUGUAUAUGGGAAUCUCAACUUCAAUUUUCAAUGUUCACAACAAAAUGAAAUAAAUAAACAAUUUACAACAUGAAA